AUGCCUGCAUUGACGCUAUCCCCUUUGUCACCCGAAACUCGUCGAAGGUACGUCCUAAAGGUGGAAACCGCCCUGAUGUUCUUAGACGAGAUAAAAUACAAAUACAUCAGGCAACCUCAAGUAUACAACGAUUUCCUCAACAUCAUGACGGAAUUCAAAUCGCAGAAAAUCGAUACACCCGGAGUCAUCAACAGAGUAAUGCAUUUAUUCAAAGAUAACCCCGAGUUAAUCCAGGGUUUCAACGCUUUCUUACCUCCUGGAUAUAAAAUCGAUGUCGUACGAUCAGUUCAUGGUAAUCUAGCUCAAGCAUCGGUUUCAGUCGAUACUCCAACAUCGAGCUCAUCUUCAUCCGUUUCUCCAAAUCAGCCAGUCAUAUUGCCCACCUUCAAUUACGCCAUCAAUUUCGUCAACAAGGUGAAAUAUCGAUUCAGAAACGAACCCGAUAAAUAUCAAAAUUUCUUGGAAAUAUUGCACACGUAUCAGAGAGAUGUCGGAGCAUCUUUCAAUGAAAAUACCAGCUCGGGUAGAGGAUCCCUUGAAGUCGAUGUGUUUGUCAAGGUAACCAGAUUGUUUGAAAAUCACAACGAUUUAGUGCAAGAUUUCGUUCACAUGCUACCUCCGGGACCUCCGCUGGAGUUCACUGCUGCUUUUUAUCCAGUCAUUAUCCCGGAAGAAUGA